AUGGCUGAGCCACAAGUUAGUAACAGUAGUGACCAUGCCACUUCUUCUAGUUCUGGAGCUAGGCGUAAAGGCACGGUUUCAAAGCGUGGUGGCAUGACAAUAACAACAACAACAGCUCAGGGAGGUGCUCCAUGUGGGGCCUGCAAGUUCCUGAGGAGGAAGUGUAUCAAUGGGUGCGUGUUUGCACCUUACUUUGGUUCAGACCAGGGUGCGGCACGGUUUGCGGUUGUGCACAAGGUGUUUGGUGCGAGCAAUGUGUCGAAGCUACUGCUGCAUGUUCCGGUGAACCGCCGCCAUGAGGCGGUUGCUACUAUAUCGUACGAGGCUCAGGCGAGGUUGUCUGAUCCUGUUUAUGGUUGUGUGUCCACCAUUCUUGCUUUGCAGCAACAGGUGGCAUCUUUGCAAGGGGAGCUUUCUAUGGUGCAAACUCAGCUGAUGAAUAGCAGGUUUGCAUAUGCAAGUGUUCUUCAGCAACAACAGCAACCAAACAUCAAUGUAGCAAUGCACCCAGCGUACUCCAACAACUCAUCUGCCUCCACCAACAUUAUGAACAUGAGCUGCUUCAACCCUGCAGGAUUUGACCUUUCAAUGGAGACAGCAGCACCCUCCUCACACAGCUUCGAGCCUCUUCAACUCUCUCACUUGUCCCAUGAUGAGGAAGAUGAUUAA